UAUAUAUUUUAACAGUUCCUUUGUUUAAAAAAUAUCCGAACGUUUCUUCAGACAUGUCAAAAUAUGUUUGAUAUCAAAACCACAGAUCUUUUUGAACCAUAUAUGUUAUUUGAUUAUACAGAUUUUGGAAGGGUGCUGCAUACAUUAUCUGUACUAUCUAAAUCCAGUAAAGUUGAAGCUAUUGGAAUAAGGGGUUUUCCAUCAUAUGCAAAAACCCAUGACUAUUACAAUGAUGACAUAUAUAGGAAUCUUGAAGAUCUUGCAAAUGAAGGGGAUUAUGGUGAAUUUGGUGAAUAUGAUGAAUACUACUCAUCAGUAAGUCAGGAUGAUGAAGAUAUUUAUGAAGACCUUUGUUCCAUACAGAAAAGAGGACUUAUGCAGAUUCCAGUUGUGGCUGCUGUGCCAAUGGAAAAACGAGAUUAUUGUAUUAAAGAAUUAGUAGAAACGGAGAAAAAUUACAUUGAAGCUUUGAAUAUGAUUAUUAGACAUUUCAUGCAUCCACUUAAAAGUGUUAUUAAACCUGAUGAUCGUAAAGUUAUAUUUAUGCAUAUAAAGGAUUUAGCGAGAAUUCAUACAGAAUUUCAUAGUGAAUUGUAUAAAGCAUGUACUUCAAGUCAGUACAAAAUUAGUGAAUGCUUUCUUCAUUGGAAAGAAAAGUUCAUAAUUUAUGGGGACUAUUGUUCAAAUCUUCCUCGUUCCCAAGAACUUAUAGACGAAUUAUGUAAUAAAUAUGAAAUUGUAAACCAGACAGUUUUGCGCUGUCAGUUAGAGGCCAAUGAUGGAAAAUUUAAACUUCGUGAUCUUCUCUCCGUGCCUAUGCAGAGGGUGCUUAAAUAUCAUCUCUUGCUCAAGGAAUUAUUGCGAAAUACACCAAAAGUUCAUGAUGACUACUUAGGACUAGAAAAAGCGCUAGAUGCAAUGCUGCUGACACUGGAAUAUGGGUUGCCAAGUCUGACUCUCAGCAUCAACAUACUUCUCACACUAUUUCUUGAUCUUGCACAGUAUAUUAAUGAGGUGAAAAGGGAUAAUGAAACUCUUCAAAUUAUAAGUGAUAUACAAGCCAGUAUCACAGACCUUAAUAUGCCACUGAAUACAGAAUUAAAAGAUUAUGGAAGGUUGUUAAAAGAUGGAGAAUUGAAAAUCAGAUCACAUAAUGAUAACAGAUUAAAAAAUAGGUAUAUAUUUGUAUUUGACAAAGUGAUGUUAAUGUGCAAGUCUACACGAAUGGUGGACAAACUGCUUGGGGGUGAACAGUAUAGCUACAAAGAAGCUUUAGUGCUUAAUGAUUACAAAAUAGAAGAUGUUACAAAUACAAAAUCAGCAAGUAAAGAUAAGUGGAGUCACUAUUGGUAUUUAGUUCAUAGACAGAAUAAGACAGCUUACACUAUGUAUGCUAAAAUUGAAGAAAUGAAGCAUAAAUGGAUUGAAGCAAUACAGAAAGCUCUAGACAAUGUUUCUCCGGAAGCUCUUCGUCAUACGGAUCAUCAGUUUGUUUUACAUUCAUUUGAUAAACCUGUUACCUGUGCUGAAUGUGAAAAAUUAUUAAGGGGAAUUUUUUAUCAAGGAUAUCACUGUUCAGUUUGUGGCAUAGGUGUACAUAAAAGUUGUAUAGAAACUGUCAGGUCUUGCGGUGCUCCUAGUCUACCUCCUCGUCCAUUACUACUGCCAGGCGGAUCUCUCACAUCUACUUCCAGUUUAUCUAGUGAAGAUAGCCAUCCAUUAACAAAUGGCCAUAGAUCUAUUAAAGUAACAGCUAAAUGGCCAUACAGUGGAGGACCCGGAUACAUAUCUUUUGAACCAGAUGAUGUUAUAUAUGUUAUCAGAAAAAUAAGCCCUACCUGGUGGGAAGGACGAGUGCAGAGGACAGGAGAGGAAGGUCUGUUUCCUGUUGAUCACAUAGAUGAAACAGAUCCAAAACGUUCUUCUUAUGAAGAUCCAUAUCCUACAUGGAAGAGUAAUCCUGUGCCCCAUCAUAUAAAUCCGCACGAAGGCUAUGUUAAUUUAAAUUUAGAAGAAUAUCCAUGGUAGGUUUUAACAUAAGUAAAAUUACGUCUAUAACUAUUA